AUGAUUCGAACGUAUUCAAAUUAUAUUACUGAAGCUGUCCGAUCAGAUCGUAAUCUUUAUUCGAAAAAUUUAAUUGAAUCUCACGAUGAAAUCAGUGAAAUGAAACGUAAAUUAAAAGUUAUUGCCGAACGUGAUGUUCUCGGUACACCACUUGUACAUCGCAAUGAUGAACUUGCUCUCCUCUAUGAAAAACGUAAGAUUCAACAAUCAACAUUAAAUAAAGGCGAACUUCAGUAUAAAGCGCGCCUUGAAGAUUUUCGUAUAUUAAAAUUAGAAUUGAAAAAAAUACGCCAUGAAAAAGGUACAUUACAAGAUAAAGUUUCUAAUACAGACGAUCUUAAACGUGAAUUAUUACGUGAACGUACACGUUGUCGAGCACUAGAAGAAGAAUUAGAAAAUCUUAUGAAUGUACAUCGUUGGAGAAAAUUAGAAGGUAGUGAUCAAAUACUUCAAAAACGUUUAAUACAAAAAGCUGAAGAAGUUGUACAAAAAGAAUUAUUAAUUCAAGAAAAAAAGUAA